UCCCCUCAGCUUUCAUUUCCCGCCUUCUGCCCGUCCACAUCUGCCAACGGGAGCACGUGGGCAGCGAAACUGGCCCUGUGCGAGUCCUGGCUCUUGAGAUCACCACACAGAAGCUUUGCCUUUCUUGGCGGUUCUCAGGCGUACGAUGGAGCGAAUCACAUAAUACCACCCACCGUCACGAGCGGAACUCCUCCCACAGCGUCCUUCUCCAAGCACCAAAAUAUCGCCGCGUCUGGCCCAUGGCCAUUGAAUUUCGCGGAGAGAAAAGAAAGGAAGCGAGAAAAACGACCGGCAAAGCGAAGAAAAUGA